GUAAUGAAUAUACCCCUGGCAAGAAAGAAGUGAAAUGAGAAGCUAGCUGUUUAGCUACCCGUCUGACUGCUCUGCAAAAUGUCUACUUGUCUUAUUAGCUAGCUAGCAUAAUCAAAACUAACUUUGAAAAACCAUCUAUUCGGCAGUGAUGUGAUUUUCCAGCUUGGUUGCAACGGCCGUUAUUCCCGAGACCCCAGAUGAUCCAGCAGAUGGAGGGGGAUGCCGCUGCUGCCCCCGCCCCCAACCCUCUCUCCGAUCUCUCCUCCCCCCUAACCCCUCCUGUGACCUCUGACCCCCCUCCCUCUCCGUACCCCCGGCCCUCGGCCAGCCCCUCCAUCAGCGAAGACCAGUUUGGGUGCCACUGUUGCUACGAUGUCCUGGUCAACCCGACAACGUUGAACUGUGGUCACAGCUUCUGCCGCCACUGCCUGGCUCUCUGGUGGGAGUCGAGUAGGAAGACUGAGUGCCCUGAAUGCAGGGAGAAGUGGGAGGGCUUCCCCAAAGUCAACAUCCUGCUGAGAGAUGCAGUAGAGCGGUUGUUCUCAGAGGUGGUGGGUAGGAGGAGAGCAGAGAUCCAGGGGAACCCCAAGAUCUCCCAGAGCCUGCUGGCCUUUCAGAGGUAUGGUGAUCAGGCAGCCAGAGGAAUCCCCAAGACCAGUCCUGGUAGAGGAGCAGGAGGGUUCUUCUCUGGAGUUCUCACUGCACUCACCUGUGUCGCGGUGAUGUUUCUGGUGUACCACUGGUCCAGUGGAGAUGGGGUCCAUGACCUCUUGGUCAGUAAGCCUGUGUCAAAAUGGACGCCGGAGGAGGUUCUGUUCUGGUUGGAACACCUUGGGGCUUGGACCUCUGUCUAUAAAGAACCCUUCCUACAGGAAAACGUUAAUGGACGGUUAUUGUUGAUGCUCGGUGAUGAGGAGCUGACCAGAGCUCCCUAUAACAUAGACAACCAGGCCCACAGGAGAGCGAUGAUGGCUGAACUGGAGAGGAUCAAAGAACUGGGGGUCAAGCCACCUCAGAACCUCUGGGAGUACAAGGCUGUGAAUGCAGGUAAAUCUCUGUUCCUGCUCUAUGCUUUGAAGAGCUCUCCUCGCCUCACCAUCCUCUACCUCUACCUCUUCGACUACUCCGAAACCUUCCUCCCCUUCCUGCACACCUGCUGCCCCGCCCUCUCACGCACCAGCGAGCCAAUGGAGGACAGCCUCCCCCUCAACCACCAGGGCCACCCCAGCUGGCGCCAGUGGGCGGAGUUCCUAGUUAAGUACCUCCUCCUUCCGUACCAGCUGAUCGCUGAGUUUGCCUGGGAUUGGCUGUCGGUUCACUACUGGACGUCACGGUUCAUCAUCGUCAAUGCCAUGCUGCUGUCUGUGCUGGAGGGCUGUGUCCUGUGGAGGUUCUAUAACCGAGCUGAGAUCAGGAGUCUCCCUCAGAAGAUGUGGGGUCACCUGUGGAGGAUGUCCUCCCAGGGUUUUGCCUUCACCCUGUUCUGGCCGGUGGUCCCUCAGUUUGUGUGUAACUGUCUGUUCUACUGGGCUCUGUAUUUCAACCCCAUCAUCAACAUAGACCUGGUGGUGCAGCAGCUAAUGCAUCCGGACACACGAGGGCCGUGAAGGACUGGCCGGCUCCCUACGUAGUGCACUACUUCUGAGUCCCUAUGGGGUAGUGCACUACUUCUGAGUCCCUAUGGGGUAGUGCACUACUUCUGAGUCCCUAUGGGGUAGUGCACCACUUCUGACCAGAGUCCCUAUGGGGUAGUGCACCACUUCUGACCAGAGUCCCUAUGGGGUAGUGCACUACUUCUGACCAGAGUCCCUAUGGGGUAGUGCACUACUUCUGACCAGAGUCCCUAUGGGGUAGUGCACUACUUCUGACCAGAGUCCCUAUGGGGUAGUGCACUACUUCUGACCAGAGUCCCUAUGGGGUAGUGCACUACUUCUGACCAGAGUCCCUAUGGGGUAGUGCACUACUUCUGACCAGAGUCCCUAUGGGGUAGUGCACUACUUCUGACCAGAGUCCCUAUGGGGUAGUGCACUACUUCUGACCAGAGUCCCUAUGGGGUAGUGCACUACUUCUGACCAGAGUCCCUAUGGGGUAGUGCACUACUUCUGACCAGAGUCCCUAUGGGGUAGUGCACUACUUCUGACCAGAGUCCCUAUGGGGUAGUGCACUACUUCUGACCAGAGUCCCUAUGGGGUAGUGCACUACUUCUGACCAGAGUCCCUAUGGGGUAGUGCACUACUUCUGACCAGAGUCCCUAUGGGGUAGUGCACUACUUCUGACCAGAGUCCCUAUGGGGUAGUGCACUACUUCUGACCAGAGUCCCUAUGGGGUAGUGCACUACUUCUGACCAGAGUCCCUAUGGGGUAGUGCACUACUUCUGACCAGAGUCCCUAUGGGGUAGUGCACUACUCCUGACCAGAGUCCCUAUGGGGUAGUGCACUACUCCUGACCAGAGUCCCUAUGGGGUAGUGCACUACUCCUGACCAGAGUCCCUAUGGGGUAGUGCACUACUCCUGACCAGAGUCCCUAUGGGGUAGUGCACUACUCCUGACCAGAGUCCCUAUGGGGUAGUGCACUACUCCUGACCAGAGUCCCUAUGGGGUAGUGCACUACUCCUGACCAGAGUCCCUAUGGGGUAGUGCACUACUCCUGACCAGAGUCCCUAUGGGGUAGUGCACUACUCCUGACCAGAGUCCCUAUGGGGUAGUGCACUACUCCUGACCAGAGUCCCUAUGGGGUAGUGCACUACGGUGAAAAGGAGUGCACUAUAUUGGGAAUAGGUACAUAAGAGCCAUGAGUGAGGAGGUACCGUUUAAACACAGGAUGUGUCUUUUAAAUGGCCCCCUAUUCCCUUUAUAGUGCACUACCCAUAGGGACUCUGGUCAAAAGUAGUGCACUAUGUAGGGAAUAGGGUGCCAAGUGCCAUAAAUGAGGAGAUACUAUGGCCUGCAUCCCAAAUGGCUCCUUAUGGGGCCCACUGUAAAGGGAAUAUAAUGCCAGCGUAGCCCACAGUUUCAUAGCAACAGGAAGGAUGCCAGCGUAGACCACAGUAUCAUAGCAACAGGAUGGAUGCCAGCGUAGCCCACAGUUGCAUAGCAACAGGAAGGAUGCCAGCGUAGACCACAGUAUCAUAGCAACAGGAAGGAUGCCAGUGUAGCCCACAGUAUCAUAGCAACAGGAUGGAUGCCAGUGUAGCCCACAGUUUCAUAGCAACAGGAAGGAUGCCAGUGUAGCCCACAGUAUCAUAGUAACAGGAUGGAUGCCAGCGUAGACCACAGUUUCAUAGCAACAGGAUGGAUGCCAGCGUAGACCACAGUAUCAUAGCAACAGGAUGGAUGCCAGCGUAGCCCUCAGUAUCAUAGCAACGGGAUGGAUGCCAGCGUGGCCCCCAGUAUCAUAGCAACAGGAAGGAUGCCAGCGUAGCCUGCAGUAUCAUAGCAACGGGAAGGAUGCCAGCGUAGCCCGCAGUAUCAUAGCAACGGGAUUGAUGCCAGCGUAGCCCGCAGUAUCAUAGCAAACGGGAUGAAUUCCAGCGUAGCCCGCCGUAUCAUAGCAACGGGAUGGAUGCCAGCGUAGCCCGCAGUAUCAUAGCAACGGGAUGAAUUCCAGCGUAGCCCGCAGUAUCAUAGCAACGGGAUGAAUUCCAGCGUAGCCCGCAGUAUCAUAGCAACAGGCAGCCAUCUGUGAGCCAGACAAACCAAUGUCUUAAUGUGUGUGUGUCUCAAAAGGCUCACUAUUCCCUAUAUUAUAGUGAACUACUUUUGACCAGGGUCCGUAGGAAGCCCCAUAGAGCUCUGGUCAACAGCAGUGCACUAUAUAGGGAAUGGGUUACCAUUGGAGACGCAGACCAAGUUCUGUAUAAUAUUGGAUGGUUUCUCCUAAUGUCUUAAUUAAAGUGGUAUGUUUAAGCAAUAAGGCCAGAGGGGGUGUGGUAUAUGGCCAAUAUACCACGGCUGAGUGCUGUUCUUAACGCACGACGCAUCACGGAGUCGCCUAGUGGUUAGAGCGUUGGGACAGAAACCGAAAGGUUGCGAAGAUCAAAUCCCCGAGCUGUCGUUCUGAACAAGGCAGUUAACCCACUGUUCCUAGGCCGUCAUUGUAAAUAAGAAUUUGUUCUUAACUGACUUGCCUAGUUAAAUAAGGGUAAAAUAAAUAAAAUAUAUUUUUUUUAAAAACCCACAAACCCCCGAGUAGCAUUAUUGCUAUUAUAAACUGGUUAACAACGUAAUGUUGUCAUACCCGUGGAAUAUGGUCUGAUAUACCACGGCUAUCAGCCAAUAAGCAUUCAGGGCUCGAAUCACCCAGUUUCUAAAUAUAUAUAUAUAUAUAUAAUGAGGGUAAUUCAUAUUGAAGGGAAGAGGUUGUGUGUUUGUCUGUUAUGGGGGUCAGUGGUAAUAACUAGAGAGGGUUGAUAUGAUUCUGUUAUGGGGGUCAGUAGUAAUAACUAGAGAGGGUUGAUAUGAUUCUGUUAUGGGGGUCAGUGGUAAUAACUAGAGAGGGUUGAUAUGAUUCUGUUAUGGGGGUCAGUGGUAGUAACUGUAAUAAACCUGUUCCUGGAGAGCUACCCUCCUGUAGGUUUUCAUUCCAACCCUGUUCCUGGAGAGCUACCCUCCUGUAGGUUUUCAUUCCAACCCUGUUCCUGGAGAGCUACCCUCCUGUAGGUUUUCAUUCCAACCCUGUUCCUGGAGAGAUAACCUACAGGAGGGUUUCAUUCCAACCCCAGUUGCAACUAACCCGAUACAUUUUAUCAGCCAGCUAAUUUGUAGAAUCAGGUCCGCUAGCUUAGGGUUGGAGUUAAAACCUACAGGAGGGUAGCUCUCCAGGAACAGGGUUGGAGUUAAAACCUACAGGAGGGUAUCUCUCCAGGAACAGGGUUGGAGUUAAAACCUACAGGAGGGUAUCUCUCCAGGAACAGGGUUGGAGUUAAAACCUACAGGAGGGUAGGGGCCCAGGUUCUUGUUAAGUUUUAUUCUGACACCCUGUCCUAUUCCCUAAUAUAGUGCAGUGUGCACUAUAAUUGACCAGAACCUCUGUAGGGAAUAGGGUGCCACAACAUUCUGUUUCCAUGGUGAUGUGGAGCUCAGCUUGUCUCGUUGGAAGGCAACACACAUAAUGCCCUUUUUUCUUUUUUUUACAAGGUUACUUUAAAAAAAUGUUUUUAAAGUUAAGGACUUGAGUUUCAUAUGGUAAUCGUAAAUAAAAACUAUUUCAACUUCCUGCAUUCAGAAAGAGUUUAAACAUGGCGAUUAUCCAGCUGUUGUCAUUUUCAAUUUAAGGAAAUCACCUGUUUGGGUGUUUGUCCCAAAUGGCACCCUCUUCCCUAUAUAGUGCACUACUUUUGACCAGGGCCUAGAGGGUAAGCCAUAGGGCCUUGGUCAAAAAUAGUGCACUACUACAUAGGGAAGAGGGUGCCGUUUGGGAUGAACGCUGGGACAGGUGGGACUCCAUUGUUUAACAUAAAAGGGCUAUCGCUUCAUUGGUCCCUCUCAUGUAACCAAUGGCCUGAAGGAUGUUUUAUGUUUGUUUGUGACAAAAUGUUUUAAAUUGUCAGUUUGUUUAAUUGUUCAUGAAUAGGUUCAUUCUUUCCCACCUGUCCUGAGGUUGGUUGUUUAUAAUUGCGUAGAUUGAAUGAUUAAAUAUCUGUCUUUAAAAAAAAAAAAAAAUCUCAUUUAUUUUUUCAUUUAGUGGAAUUCAACCACUUUUCUGUAAGUUGUGGUCUAUAUAGGGGCUUCAGGUAGCCUAGUGGUUAGAGUGUAGAGGCGGCAGGUAGCCUAGUGGUUAGAGUGGAGGGGAGGCAGGUAGCCUAGUGGUUAGAGUGUAGAGGCGGCAGGUAGCCUAAUGGUUAGAGUGUAGGGGAGGCAGGUAGCCUAGUGGUUAGAGUGUAGAGGCGGCAGGUAGCCUAGUGGUUAGAGUGGAGGGGAGGCAGGUAGCCUAGUGGUUAGAGUGUGGAGGCGGCAGGUAGCCUAGUGGUUAGAGUGUAGAGGCGGCAGGUAACCUAGUGGUUAGUGUUGGGCCAGUAACUGAAAGGUUGCUAGAUUGAAUCCCCCGAGCUGACAAGGUAAAAAAUCGUCCGUUCUGCCCCUAAACAAGGCAGUUUAACCCACUGUUCCUAGGCCAUCAUUGUAAAUAAGAAUGUGUUCUUAACUGACUUGCCUGGUUAAAUAUAAGGGAUGCCAUUCGGGACAAACUAAGUUGUAUACUGGAGAUGAUGAAUGAGGUUUAACAGUGGUGGAAUGUCCCCUUUAAUUAAACUGGUAGUACUACUUCUGGUUCACUGUGAUUCCCUCUGACGCGUUACCAUGGUGAGGGUACACACCCAUUUUUGCUACACCCGCAAUAACAUCUGCUAAAUAUGUGUAUGUGACAAACCAAAUGUGAUUUGACUGUGAUUCCCGCUGAUGCGUUACCUGGGUUGUUCUGGUUUCUCCCCAAAAAAUGAAGACUGAAACAAACAAAUGAAUAAAAUACUUUCUUUUUU